GGACUUCCUUCGGGGUAGCAGUUGGCUGGCAGGCAGCUGCUUUGAGGUGACACGUAUCUCAAAUUAAAGGUGCUAUGGAGGCCGUGUCUGAGAGUGGGGACUUUACUUUUUGCUCGCCUUGAGACUUUACCGAAUAAUUGCACUGAUAGAGCAAACGUCGGAUUAAAGAAAACGACAUUGCAGGGAAGUUCGCUGCCCCUGAGCCCAAUGCGCGACUCAGCGGAAUAGGACUUUGACGUGCGUUGGCUGCUCAAGCGAACAUAUGAACAGCGACUCGCCAACGGUAACUUGUGCGGAAAUCGCGUGGAUGUGGCUCGCCGUGACAAUGUGUAACGUUACACAAUCCGAUUCCAGCGCCUCGGUGGGAUUUUCCUCUGUGCGAACAUGCUCCUAAUCCGAGGGUGACUUUCUUCUUCGCGUCACACGGAAAGUAAAAAAAAAAGUUGUGGGGAAGUUUUGCGCAGCGUAAACGGAGGGGGUUGUGUGGGGAAGCAGACCGCGGGGAGGGGUGCGGGCUGAACAUGGGGAACGGGGUGUGCUCCAGGAGACAGCGGAGGAUUUUCCAGUCUCUCCUGCUGAUCACCGUGGUGUUCGGGAUGAUCUACGGGGGCAUGAUGUCCUACGAGAUGCACAAGCAGCUCAAAAGAACCGAGGCGACGGCGCUCAAGUACCAACAACACCAGGAGUCGCUCUCGGCGCAGCUGCAAGUGGUGUACGAGCAUCGCUCCCGGUUGGAGAAGUCUCUGCAGAAGGAGCGGGUGGAACACAAGAAGGCAAAAGAAGAUUACCUGGUGUACAAGCUUGAAUCCCAGCAGUCACUGAACAAAGACAAGCAAGACGCCAACAGCAGAUUCAACUCUCUACAUGUGCAGCACCAGAUGCUUAAGAACCAGCACGAGGACCUGAAGAAGCAGUACUACGAGCUCCACGAGCAGCACCAGGCCCAGGGAGAGGACCAUGGCCGGGCCCUGGGGGAGCACCAGGAGCGCUUCCAGAAGCUGCAGCACACCAAAGAGACAGAGGUCGCCCAACUUAAAGAUAGCGCGUUCAACCUUAGAGAGGAGAACAGACAGUUAAGGAAAACACACCAGGAUGUUCACAUGCAGCUCCAAGACGCCAGGAUUAAGCAUCAGGACCUGAAGGCUCAACACGACCAGCUUGCACUGACACUAGAAGACCACAAGAGUGCGCUGGCUGCUGCUCAGAUGCAGGUGGAUCAGUACAAACAGCUGAGCCAGGUGCAACAAGACCACAACAUCGUGCCUGUUGCCGUGGCAGCAAAAGAGCAGGUGCAGGAAGCCCCGCCCCCGAAGGAUGAGGCCGUCGCUGAUGGAGUAGCCACAAAGUCCAAGGUGGAGCAGCAGGUGGCGGUCCUCCACCACGACCCCCAGCUCUCCCACCACACGCAGGCCCCCCCGGGGGGGAAGGGGGAACAGAAGGAGCAGCAGCAGGAGGAGGAGGAGCAGCAGGAGGAGGUGGUGGAGGACGGCGAGGGCGAGGCGGAGCGCAGGAGGGAGCUGGCGGAGGAGGAGAUGGCCCAGGCCGGCCAGCCCCAGCGGCUGGAGGAAGAGGACCCGGACCAGCCCCAGGAGGAGGACAUGGGGGGGGAGGAGCCGGACCACGAGCUGCCCGACGAGAACGCCCUGGACCGCCAGCGACGCCAGCCGCCAGGGGGUCCCCAGGCAGAGCUCCACCAGGAGGCCCAGCUCCACCAGGAGGCCCAGCUGCGCCAGGAGGCCCAGCUGCGCCAGGAGGAGCACGUGAAGUCUCCAUACGAGCAGCAGCAGGACCGGCAGCGUGAGGACGCUCAGAGGGCUCUGGCACACAGGCAGCUCCAGCAGGGCCAGGAGGCCAUGCAGGCCCAGAUGCAGAGGAACCAGAAGGAGAGGGAGCAGAGGUUGAAGGAGCAGCAGGAGCAGGAGGAGAGACAUCACAGAGACGCCGACAGACGGGAGAAGCUGCUGAGAGAGCAACAGAUCAGGCAAAAGAACGAGUACGAGAACAUGGGGAAUGACAUUGUCCACGUAGGAGAGGACCCUCGCCACGACGAUGAGGAUGCAGAGGGAGACGCGCAUACUAUGCACGAUGUCGAGGAGGAAGAGAAGGAAGGCGAUCAUAGAGUGCCCCCACACCACCAGGGGGCAGCGGAGGGUGAUCUGGACCCCGAGGAAGACCCGAACAACCAGGGAGAGGACGAGUUCGAGGAGGCGGAGGAUCAGCGGCCGCAGCACAGGGUGGUGCCCGCGGCGGAGACGGCGGCGGAGGGGGAGGAGGAGGAGGUGGUGGGGGAUGAGGAGCCAGUCGCUCCAGCCAAGCAUGCGGACCCCCAUGCCCGCCCUAAUCAACGGGCCGUGGGGGAGGAGUUGGGGAUUGCUGGAAACCCAGAUCAACAGGAAGAUAACUUGGAUGAUCAGUACCAGGAAGAAGGAGAGGAUGAGGUGCAGGAGGAUUUGGGGGGCCGCAGGAAGCGAGAGGAGGAGGUGGAGGCGGAAGGAGAGGAUCCCUACAAUGAGGAGAACCUGGAACAGGAGGAAGCAAAAGACCUGGACAUCGCUCCAAAAGAAGAAAAUCAUAGGAAAGAAAAGGAGAAUAACGAGGAGAAUUACGAAGAGGAGGAGGAGGAGGUGGACGACGAAGUCAUGGGACAGAACAAGGGAACCAAUCGGAGGGCGGAAAUGUAAAAACACACAUUGACCAAUCGCUGCACCCUAUCCCCGUCCUAUAUUUGACCUUCCGUUCUUGUAUUCCCAAACAGAGUCAAACCUUCCUCAGGAUAAUGGGAUUGUUUCUGUCUGGAAAUUAAUCAUAUUCCCAACCAUAUGGGCAAGGGAACUGAACUUUUACCCUGGGAAUGGACCGAAUGAGUUCUGAUAGAACUCAGACAAGUUGUUUAAAAUUGUUUCUAUUUCUUUGUCUUGUGUGUCUUUAUGAGUGUUUCACUGAUUCCAUUUUAUCUAGCUGUUGCUUGUUACUGAAGAUAGCUGAAACGAAUGUCAUUUUUUUAAGAGAUGGAGUAUGUGUGGAGCUAAUAUAGAUAUUCCCAUUCGGGCCUUUUAUACAUUUGUAUUUAGAAAGUUUGUUCGUAAAUUCACUAAGUCUUUAGUUCUUUGUGAUUCAUGUUUUGACCAGCAUUCCAAUGGAUUAACGAUUGUUCUGUUAUUUAUUGAUUGUGACAAUUUUGACAAUCAUGAAAUGUGUAACAUUUCAGAAUUGAGUUUGUAAGUUGAGUUUUGGCUUGUGCUGAGACAUCAACUGGUCGGUGAUUACUGGGCCGGACGUCACUGAGAAAGCCAAUCAAACAGAGAGUUCAACCCAAGACACAUUUGCUGUGAUGGGUCCCCACUUAAACGUGCCUUUAUGACGUUGGAAACAACCCAAAUGAGUUGUUUCCAUGUAUUUGUCCUUAUGUUUCAUGUUGUAUUCGUCCAAUUUAAUUCAAGAAGAGACCAGUUUAUACCAGCACACAUUGAAGCAAUUUCAUAUUAUCUUAUCACUACAUCAUCGUCAUUUUGUAUGGAGGGAUAUUUGGUUCUCAAAAUUAAAUCAUAAACUGUUUCACUACAAAAUGUGUCUACUGUGCAAAGUGUAGUAAAGCAAGUACUUAGCAAUUUGUAUAUCAGUUUUUCACUUGUUUAAUAAGAAAAAAGUGUUUGUAUUAAAAACGUACCUCAUAAAAGUGGUAUGAGCUUUAAAUAAAUGUGGAAAACGGUA